AUGAGGAUUACUGUCGGAGCGCUGGCAUUCGCAUCAUGCAUUUUUUGGUUUUCUGCUGAAGCAAGGGUUAUAAAGGUUUUUAAGAACCGAAACUCAGCUAAUAAGACCAUUACAAUCGGCUUUCAAUUGGAUGGAUUUACACAACUAGACGCAAGAUUGGACUCCGAAGUCGGAAAAUGGCUGGCGAACGUCACAAAUCAGGCCGAAGCCAAGUUGAAGAAGAAUUUGGGCAUGGACAUAACACUUGAAAUUUCAGACAUUAAUGUCCCUCGUGAUCAAUUUUUGAGUGCAAUUAAGACAUGGGCGACUGGUGGAUAUAUGCACGCCGGUACGGUUGUAGAUUAUAUGAAAGCAUAUUUUUCUCAGAGCUACAAUCCUGAUAUUCUUUGCCUUGUAACAAGGGACACACCAUAUGGCCAUAAUGGCUUAGGCUUAAACGUUGAACAAGGCUAUUCAAGAUACAAGGAUUUGUGCAAGGAUAUGGUUCCCAUUAUUAUACAGUACAAGUUAGAGGACACUAAGAAAAGCGGCUCUUUGUUAUUUAAUUUGAUUAAAAGCAGCCGUCCUUCUAACUGGACCAGCCUGAAGAAGAAUCAACGAAAGCUGUGGUUAGAUACAUGUAACAUACAGUACAAAAAUUCGGAGGCUGAUUAUGACUACUACUACCUCCUUCCCAUUUACAAGGGUACCCAAAUGAUUAACAUGCCAACAAAACUAUUAACUCGAACCUAUUCUGUAUUAACAUAA